UUAAUGAUUCUGUAUCAGAGUUUGGUAACAUACAUCUUUCCUAUUGUAUAAAUUUGGCUCUUCCGAAAUGCACCGAGAAUGCCACAGGCGAGUACAUCCAUCUUCCCACCCCGAACCUUGUCAUCGCCUUCAGCGACCAGGUAUCGUUGCCCUGAUUAAUGUGGUUACUCCCAUUCUAUAAGUGUCACGCACAUCUGCCGCCAUAUCUCCAUCAUCCGCCCUUCUCCAAUACUACACAUUUGAAGGACGCGCGCAGCUGCUGGACCGCCACUCGCUGAUAAUCCCACUCACCACUCAGGCGGCCCAUCUUCGUUCCUUGUCAUGUUACUGCAUCACCUGCAUCAUCAUGCCUGGUAACUUAGAGGACCGGUAUAUCAGACUGGAAGAGCUUAGUCAUGUAUGUAUCAAUAUCGAUUUGAGGAGGCAUUGGAGGCAAGAUACUCUUGACUGUCAGCAGCGAACUCGAGCUCGUCCAGAAGCUCGUUACUGCGACGGCCAACUGUACCACUAUUUCCUUGUAAUGCAGCUACACGAGCAGGUGCACUCGAGGCUUUGCAACAGAAUAACUGGGUGCACCUUGCUUGCCAUGCAUGAAAUAUCACUGUCGGCGAUGAUCAGACGCCCAACGAUGUCAUCCAGCAUGCAACCGGACUGCAAUGUUCACGGUUUGAGGGCGUCGUUGGCAUGCUGUGGGAGGUCGAGGACGCUGUCGCGAAACACGUCUUUGUACGAGAAUACGUUCAAGGACUUAGAGGAUGGAGUUUUCAUGAACUUAACAAAGCGACAUAGGGACUUGAGCAUGCUACAUGUUCCAAGAAGAAAAUGCUUGGGAAAAGAAUUGUUCUCAUUGUGUACAUCAACUUCAAGUCGAAGCCUUUUCACCAUGAAAAUACUGCGACAUCGUCUUUUGUGCGAGUUCUUCAAAUCCUUCUGCACCUCAACGCAACCUCAACUAAGCACUCAUUGUCGAACAGCCUCGAGAUAGAGGCGCAACUCAGUCGAACGUCCUCGACAGUCAAGGAACGACUAGACAGAUUCACUUAA